CCCACCGCACCCUUUCUUCGUCGUUUUGUGUUUCCCAGCGUAUUAUCCAGUGCGACCCAUCAUUUUACACCGGCUUCUUGGUGAAGAAAGCAAGCAAACUCGACCACGUAGCACUUAGCGUUUAUGUCUGUGAGAACCCUGUGGUGUGGCCCAAGCGUCCUGCCGUCUCAUUUGUAUAACGUUUCAUUCAACUUUGGAGAUUAAAGAAAAAAUCAACUGGAAAGCAACGAGUACCCGGAGGGCAAAGUUCUGUCCUGUUAGUGUUUAGGAGACCGAACUGUCGACAAUCACACGAGAAGGAUAUUAUUUAGGAGACCGAACUGUCGACAGUCACACGAGGAGGAUAUUUAGGAGACCGAACUGUCGACAAUCACACGAGAAGGAUAUUUCUACUUUUUUUACUGACAUUCUAAUUGUGCCCUGCUAAUCUUGUUUUCUUUUCCUUUCUUUUUUUUAUCAAAUAAAAGAAAUACACUGCUUUGUGAGCUUAUUAAUAGAAACGUGUUUUCUCAAUUACAUUUUUUUUUUGUAUUGAAGUUGGACACUUUUCAAGCCUGUUUUUUUUCUUCUAGUUGACUGGCAUUUUCCAUUCCGAAACAGAAUUUCAAAAGCUGUUCCAAACUGUGUCCCUUUUCCAAACAAUAGUUCGAGCUUCAUUUGCCCUGAGCAACCUCCGCUAUGGUCUAUAGUACGGGAUCGCUGGCGGCUUCUGGUACUCCACCUCCGUAGUGGUCAACAUCAUCCUGUUCCCUCUGCUCUCCAUCACCUUCAAGACUCGAGCGCCGGGGGCCAAGACUUAUUUACAGGUGUUCCAGGCACGUUUUGGUAAAGCAGCUCACCUGGUCUACUGUGUGUUCGCUCUACUCACCAACCUUGUCAUCAUCAGUGUCCUCCUUAUCGCUGGCCACGCUCUCUUCAAGUCCCUGGUGGCCGACAUCUCGGACGAGCUCAUCCUUUUGAUCUUCGCCACACUCUUCGGUAGCUACUCCUUCGUUGGAGGUCUCGGAUCAACUUUUUACGUGUCCUAUGCUAACGCUGUCGUCACCUUCAUCGUUCUCUGCAUCUACGUCAUCAAAUUCUUCUAUCAGGCAGAUGAGGCGGAUUUGCCAUUUGGUACAAUCGAAGAUGUUUACAACAAAGUCAUCGUUCUGGAAGGGCCAGCUGAUAAUGAGGAGAAUAACUUUUUGACCUUCUGGUCCGCGGACUCCAUGGUUUGGGCUGUCCAGGGUGUCUUUGUGGCAGCGUCUGUGACCUUCUGUGACCAGGCUAGCUGGCAAAGCAGGAUCGCUGCCAAACCAAUGCAGGUCUUGUGACUCCCUACAUCGCUCAAGCGGCGCUGGGUCGAGGUGGGGGCAUCAUGAUACUCAUUAUGUUCACCAUGCUCAUGAUGGCCACGGGGUCAGGAGAGGUCAUGGGCGUCUCCUCCAUCAUUGUGUACGACAUCUGCAGGAUCUACAUCUACCCAUUUAAGUUGUAUCAUCACCAUCCAGGCAUUCCCUGGGGUCGUUCUCGCCAUUGUGUGGGUCAAAACUACUGGAGUCGCCCUCGUCAUAGGGGGGUUGGUGGGCCUUGUGAGUGGCGUGAUCACGUGUCUGGCCCGAGCGUCCACUCUGGAAGGAGGACUGUCCGACUUUCUGCUCAACACGUCAGAAGGCUAUUCCGUCAUGGCCGGCUCUUGCGUCACAUUCUUCGUCAGUCUAGUCCUGGAUGUUGUCAUCUCCUUUUGUACACAUAGAAUCAAGUCUGAGACGGGAAAGCUAAACUGACUGCUAUCAUCGGAACCGUCGGCUGUCUGCUCCUCUUCGUCAUCAUUAUCCCGGGCGCCAUGGCCAGUCUGCACGUGCUCACCAGCUCAGAGUUCAAGGCCUUCUUGAUGAUCCUUCAAAUCUGGACAUUCGUUAUGGCCUGUAUCGUCAUUGUGUUAGUACCAGUCGAGGAAAUCUGGACAAUUGUGAAGCAAAUGAGGAAGCGGACGCUAUUUUAAUUUUUUUUUUCCCCUCCUUCUUUUGGGGGGGAGGAGGAGGUGUGGGAGGUGGGGAUGUGCAGUCACCUUGACAUUGGUCAAGUUGAAGAUUUCACUUUCUGAACCUAGAUGUGAUCGUCUAACUUCAUUAUCCUAUAUAGGAUUCACACUUUGGUCCGUUUUGACUUUGAAUGAUAUGAAAGUUAAAUGACACGUAAUUUUCCUUUUAAAUUCUGGGAGGGGGGGGGGUUGAUUUUUUACUUUGUAUGUUGUUGGUGCUUUGGUGGCUGGUUUGACAGCCGAUUUUGCUGAUCGGGCGCAAAAAGGCCAAGUUGGGAACAACACAAAUAAAUAAUAAGGUUUAUUAACGUACCCCAGGUUCAAUAUUAUUACUGAUAUUAUUUUCAUUGUACUUACAUAUCAUAGACCGGAGCUCACCAAUGCAUUUUAUCCGUAUCUACUAAAGGUGUUCAUUCCAUUAUAUCACAGAAUCAUUGUAACAAAAUGUGUAUAUUAUUUAUUUAUCUGUCGCUGUUGUUGUAAAGUUGUUGGUGGUAGUGGUAGUGGUGGUGGCUUUUUUAUUAGUUUGUUUCUUUUUUUUUUUUUUUUUUGAGUGCGGUUAUUGUAGCUAAGAACAUAUUGUUACAUGUAUCUAGUGAAAAACAUAAUCCAGAUGCAAAACCAUGUAUUUUUACGAACAUAUGGUAUGGCUCAUGUAUUGUUUAAAAUUGCAAUAAAGAGUAUAGAUCUAAAUAAUUAAAA